CUCCACGCCCGGCGGGACCAUGAAGCGGCAAAACGUGCGGACUUUGGCCCUGAUCAUCUGCACCUUCACCUACCUGCUGGUGGGCGCCGCCGUCUUCGACGCCCUGGAGUCCGAGGAGGAGACGGCCGAGCGGAAGAAGCUGGAGCAGAAGCAGACCGAGCUGAAGAGCAAGUACAACCUCUCCGAGGAUAACUACUACGAACUCGAAGGGGUGGUCCUCCAGCUCAAGCCCCACAAGGCCGGCGUCCAGUGGAAGUUCGCUGGCUCCUUCUACUUCGCCAUCACCGUCAUCACCACCAUAGGGUACGGCCAUGCAGCCCCCAGUACCGAUGGUGGGAAAGUCUUCUGUAUGUUCUAUGCCCUGCUGGGAAUCCCCCUUACCCUGGUAAUGUUCCAGAGCUUGGGUGAGAGGAUCAACACUUUUGUGAGAUACCUCCUCCACCGUAUCAAGAAGUGCCUUGGCAUGAGGCGGCCAGAAGUGUCCAUGGCCAACAUGGUCACCAUUGGGUUCUUCUCCUGCAUCAGCACCCUUUGCAUUGGAGCGGCGGCAUUCUCCUACUACGAGCGAUGGACCUUCUUCCAGGCCUACUAUUAUUGCUUUAUCACCCUCACCACCAUCGGCUUUGGGGACUACGUGGCCCUUCAGAAGGAGCAUGCCCUCCAGACCAAGCCCCAGUAUGUGGCCUUCAGCUUUAUUUACAUCUUAACUGGGCUGACCGUCAUUGGGGCCUUCCUCAACCUGGUGGUGCUCCGCUUCAUGACUAUGAAUGCCGAGGACGAGAAGCGGGACGCUGAGCACCGGGCCUUGCUCAACCGCAACGGGCAAGCUAGCAGCGUCCACACCACGGACACCACGGCUUCCUCGACCACUGCCGCACACGGGGGUGGCAUGGGAGGGGGGAGCGGCAGUGGCCGAGGGGGGUUCCGGAAUGUCUACGCCGAGGUCCUCCACUUCCAGUCCAUGUGCUCCUGCCUCUGGUACAAGAGCCGGGAGAAGCUCCAGUACUCCAUCCCAAUGAUCAUCCCCAGAGACCUCUCCACCUCAGACACCUGCAUGGAACAGAGCCAUUCCUCGCCUGGCCACUACCCCGAGACGCCGUCCAACAGAUGCUUCUGCAACACCCAGCGUUCGGCCAUAAGCUCUGUUUCCACAGGACUUCAUAGCCUGUCGGCUUUCCAAGGACUUAUGAAGCGCCGUAGCUCUGUGUGAAGUCGAGGAACUAUUUAAAGACAAUCCUUAACUACAGAGCAAGGAAGGGAACUAGUGGAGACCGAUUUUUUAAAAAGACAGGCAGAGGGGAAAGGUGACAACCAAACCUAGACUUUAUAUCGAUGCUAUCAACACGGGGGAAGAAAAAGCAUGCGUCUUGGGUGUGUACCAUGAAAGGAAGUGCAUAGACGGAUGGACAAAGCAAUGGGUUGGCCAUCCUGGGUGACACGGUGGAGAACUGAGCUGCCCAGGUCUCAACAGAGGGAGCUAUGGGUGGGUUCAGUAGUGUCCCCGUGUGGAUCAGGAUGGGUGGGAGAAACGGCGGUUACCCCUCCGUGGGGGCACACCAUGUGCGCCUGUUCUCCCCUGGAAGGGAGCUUUUUUCACACUGUUGAGGUUGGUUCAAGUUCUAAACUUUCUUUCUGCAGCAACUCCACAAAAAUGUGAAACUUGAAAAUAAAUUUUUGCACCCUCAUGGGAGCACUGGAUUGGGGGGGGGGGAGUGGCUCUCAUGAGCUGAGUGUUUGCAUCUAGACGUAUACCUCUGAGGACUGACAGAAGGAUGUAGCAGUUCUUCCCACCCCAGUCCAGUAAAAAUGCAUGUGUGUGUCUUGGGGGGGGGAGGGGGUUAUUAACACAGCACUUUCCUGUUCCAUUCUCUUGGUCCCCAUCUGUUUAAGCAGCAAAGUACCCUCUCUCUUGACCCUCACUGGUGUGUAACUGGGUUUCCCCCGUGUGCAUCUUUCAGAGGGUGAGGAAUCUGUUCCUGGGAACAGAAAGUGCGCAAAUAGCAUCAGGUAGGAACGGCCCACGUGUCUAUAAAUGCUGGUGAUUUACUGUAAGGAGCUGAGAUGCCGCUUAGCAAAAGUUGCAUUGUGAUGACUGUGUUCUCUUCACAUACGACACUGCUGUUCUGUAUCUUUCACUCAGGAAUAGGAUCUGGGGUACCAAAGUGUACAAAGCAGCCCUGAUGGUGUAUGUGCUUUUCUGAGGGUAUCUGUAUUGCUACACGUGUAUGGGCCCAUCCUUGCCCCUUUUGUGCAGGCAGGUCCAUUGCCAAAAGUUUCAUGCUGGAGGACAUCACCCCUCGAACACUCCCCAAGCCUAGUGAAUGGGUCUCAAGGUUAUCCCCCUCCCUCCCUCUCUUGGUCCCUCUCUCCUCCUCUGUGCCAUCUGCAGAGGUUCAAAACGGGGGUGCCCUCCCUUCU